AUGUUCAGCAGUACGUGGCUACACGCGCCCUCUUUUCGCUGUGGACUCUCCUCUUCUCAUCAGCCGUCUAAACUCAACGGAAGCCACUUUUCCAUGGCUAGCUCCGUCCGAAUCGCUGUCGUUGGGGACGUUCAUGAUGAUUGGAGUCUGGAAGAAGAUUCAAAGGCGCUUCAACUAUUGAAGCCGGAUCUGGUGCUGUUCACAGGUGAUUUUGGUAAUGAGAACGUUGAUCUUGUUAGAAGUAUAGCCAAUCUUGAAAUUACCAAAGCAAUUAUUUUGGGAAAUCACGAUGCCUGGAACACUCAGAAGUUUUCUGCGAGGGAAAAAGAUGCAGUUCAACUUCAGCUUGAGUGUCUUGGCGAUGAGCAUGUUGGUUAUCGGCGUCUGGAUUUUCCAACUAUGAAGUUGAGUAUUGUUGGUGGACGUCCUUUUUCUUGUGGUGGUGAGCAGUUAUUUCGGAAAAAGCUUCUUACUGCAAGAUAUGGUAUCCGUGACAUGAAUGAAAGCGCAAAGACGAUUUAUCAAUCUGCUUUAAGGACUCCCGAGGAUCAUUCAGUUGUGUUCCUUGCUCAUAAUGGGCCAACAGGUCUAGGAUCCAAUGUGGAUGAUAUCUGUGGAAGGGAUUGGGUUUUUGGAGGUGGUGACCAUGGUGAUCCAGAUUUAGCAAAUGCAAUAUCCCAAUUAAAAGAGACCAACAAAUUGUCUAUCCCAUUGGUUGUCUUUGGUCACAUGCACAAACAGCUGGCAUAUGGAAAUGGUCUUCGGAAAAUGAUUGUGGUUAGGGAUAACAACACUGUAUACCUCAAUGGGGCCAUUGUUCCGAGGGUCAAAAGAUUGGGCAAUGAACCGGGGGAGUAUGCUAGGAGCUCCAUCUUUAGUGAGACAUCAGUUGAGACUUCAGAAUCGCAUGGUACCAUUCGAGCCUUUACUACUGCAGACAUUUUAGAUGGGAGGGUGGAGAAAAUUGCUGAAACUUGGGUUUCAGUAAUUGGUGAUAAAACAACAUUAGAGGAGGAGCAUAUAUUAUUUAGCAAGGCAGCUAGAGGCUCUACUAUUUAG